GUUCUAAAACUUUCAAAUUUUCAACACAGUUAUUCAAAACUAUUUUGUUAUACAGUUUUCAAUCUGCUUGGAUUUAACUGAAGUAGCUUUUUAUUUUUGCUGGUGAACAAGUUUCGUACUUGAAACUUUUCAGUUCCUUAAAUGCUAAGUAAGCCCUUGAUUACUGUGUGUAUAAACAAAGAAAAACAGAGAAAGAGUUUUGUGUUGUGCUUGAGCUACUGAUCGAUCGAUAAGCGUGAGCAAGGAUGGAAAAUCUUGGGCAUGGAAGCUUGGUAGAUACUGUGUUCUCUUGGACUCUCAAUGAUGUGUUCAACGAAAAGCUUUUCAAGCACGAGGUGAGGAAAAUUCCUAAGACAUUCCACUCAAUAAAAGAUUACAUGAAAUCAUUCAUUCCGGCAUUGAUUGAGGAAACACACAGUGACUUGUCUUCAAGCUUGAUGAGCGUGUCUCAAGCUCCUUUUUCUGAAAUCAGCACCCUUCAAAGGUCCAACGACUUCCAACUUCCCUAUGGCUUGUUCUAUGAGAUUACCGUGAAGAGCAUCACUGAUGAAGUGAAAGGUGCACGAAAGUAUAAACCUGAGUCUGGAGAUAUCAUUGCAUUCACAAAUGUAAAACCUAGACGCAUAGAUGACUUGAAAAUGACCAAAGAAUAUUGCCAUAUUGCUUAUGUUCUUAAGUCCCCAGAUGUGUUUAGUGAUGAAAUCACUAUACUCACAUCUAAGUUCAUGGAGAAUGAUAUUGAAAUUGACGUGAGAAGCAACAAAUCACAGAAGCUUUAUGCAGUGUAUCUUAUGAACAUGACAACAAAUAUUCGUAUUUCGAAAGCCUUGACCUCGAGAUUGGAGGGUGCAGAUACCAACAUACUUAAGAAAGUGCUAGGUGUUGUUUCAACGAACGGAGAAAACUGUCAUAUCUGCUUAUCUGGAGAAAAUUCUAGCCACGGUAGAGCCUAUACUGUUGCACAAACUAUAAUCAGUGCUCAUAAUCUAAAUGAGUCUCAAAAGGAUGCAGUUUUAAGUUCUGUGACAAUGAAGAAAUGUAAGCAUAACGACGAUAUUAAACUUAUAUGGGGUCCACCAGGAACUGGGAAAACGAAGACAGUUGCUUCUUUGUUACUUUCCCUUUUCAAGCUUAAAACCAAAACAUUGGCAUGUGCUCCAACUAACACUGCAGUGUUGGAAGUGGCUGUUAGACUGCAUGGUUUGGUUAAGGAUUCUGCUGAUACACCUGAGUGUGAGACACAUGGGUUUGGUGACAUAGUGCUAUUUGGCAACAGUUCUAGGAUGAAAAUUGAGAGUUACAAGGGUCUUGAGACAGUGUUUUUGGACAAUCGUGUUGAUGAUUUGUUGCGCUGUUUUUCUCCAGAUAUUGGUUGGAAAUACUACAUGGAAUCAACGAUCAAGUUUCUAAAGGAACCUGAAGAGGCUUAUGUUUCAUACAAGAAUCGUGUGGAUGUUGAGAAUGUUAUGUCAUUAGAAGAAUUUGCUAAGGGAAGAGUCAAAAAUGCAGACAUUGCAUAUGGUUCAUAUAAGAAACGCGUUCGUAAGAAUCGCGAUCCAAUGACAUUUGAGCAAUUUCUGGUGAAAAAGUACGCUCAUAUUGUAGACCUAUACCAGGCCUACAAGGAUGACAAAAAGUUAAGUUCUGGUAUGACAAUGGAGCAAUUUAUAAAGCAGAGGUUGAGUUACUUUGGAGAGAAGCUCAAGAAACUAAUGCGAACCUUGUACACGCACUUGCCAACAUCUUUUAUUCCAUUAAAUGUGUUGAAGAGUAUGUUGAGAGCUAUGAAUUUGCUAAAAUCUCUUGAAGUUUCCAUUCUUCAAAACAUUUCUAAACACACAAACUCUGAUAAUGAAGAUAGAGAUGAGUGUCUGGAGCUUCUAAAUAUACUUUCUCAGUCAAUUUCCCUUCCUAACGACCUCAGAAGCAAAUAUGCCAUAUCACAAUUUUGCUUGAACAAUGCGUGCCUUGUUUUCUGUACAGCAUCAAGUUCUUUUAAAUUGUACAAGAAGGAGAUGACACCAUUCAGAUAUGUAGUGAUUGAUGAAGCAGCACAACUAAAAGAAUGUGAAUCAACCAUUCCAUUACAACUUCCAGGCCUUCGUAGAGGUAUCCUCAUAGGUGAUGAGAGACAACUUCCGGCAAUGGUCAAAAGCAAGAUUGCUGACAGGGCUGAAUUUGGAAGAAGUUUGUUUGAAAGGAUGGUGUUGUUGGGAUACAAGAGACAUAUGCUCAAUGUUCAAUAUAGAAUGCGUCCAUCCAUUAGCAUGUUCCCAAAUAAAGAGUUCUACAAUCAGCAACUUUCUGAUGCUCCACUUGUCAGAGGAACAAGCUAUGAUAAAAGUUUUCUUCAUGGGAAAAUGUAUGCUUCAUAUUCUUUUAUAAACAUUUCUAAGGGUAAAGAACAGUCCAACCAUGAUCAUAGUUUGAUGAACAAAAUUGAGGUUGCAGCUAUCUCUGAGAUUAUUGGAAAUCUUAAAAAAGAUAUUUUGAAGACCAGGAAGAAAGUUAGUGUAGGAAUCAUAUCACCAUAUAAGGCUCAAGUUUAUGAAAUCCAGCAGAAAAUUAAGCAGUACAUUUCAGUUUCUGAUUCUUUAUUCUCUGUUAGUGUUCGUUCUGUUGAUGGUUUUCAAGGUGGUGAAGAGGAUAUUAUAAUAUUAUCUACUGUGAGGUCUAAUGGGAGUGGAAAAGUGGGUUUUCUUUCAAACAGGCAAAGAGCAAAUGUUGCUCUUACCCGAGCUAAAUACUGUCUUUGGAUAGUAGGAAAUGGUGCAACAUUAAUGAAUAGCAACUCUGUAUGGAGAAAUGUGGUUCAUGAUGCUAAGAAAAGGGACUGUUUCCAUAAUGCUGAUGAGGACAAAAAAUUGGGUCAGGCUAUUGAGGAUGCUAUUCUUGAACUUGAACUGCUUGAUGAAUCUGAGUCUCUGUUUAAGAGACUCAGUUUGGCAGAAAAGUCUGUAACUGCCCCUAAGUUGUCCAGGUCAUACAAAUCAAGGAGGAGAAAUCGCAGGCGUCGAGUCCCCAACCUCUCCCCAGAAGCUCUGCUAGGGUUUACUCAAUCUCAAUCAAGUGAGCUUCGUUCAUCUUCUUGAUUCACGUAGCUAGCUCACAUCUUCCUUGUACUGUUGCAUCCCACUGUUGGAGUUGAACCCCUAUUCUAGCUAGUUCCAGAUGUGAGAACCUCUAGCAGUGGUAACAAUAAUAGAGAUGUCGCAGUUUGAUGAAAUCAUGAAAUCCUUGGACGUCUAUCGGGCUCACUCUGGGGGCCCACAGCUUGGAGUGUAGUAGUAGUAGUAGUUUCUCUCUCGCACUUGACGAGACUCUGUACUUUAUUUAGGCCAUGUGGGGCCUUUUUCUUUUGUUAUGAAUAUGUUGGAGUACUAUAUGUGUCAUAUUCUAAAUUUCUGUACUCUCUGAAUAUUUAAUAUGUGACGUUUUAUUUAAAUUGAUUUUUGUCCGUUUA